AUGCAUCUUAUGUUCUUUCUUGUUUGGAAUUAUUGUACAUGUGUUCUUUCAGAAAUUGCUCUCUUUUCAGAACUGAGUAUUCAAUACUCCUAGAAUUGCUUGUGCACAUACUAUGUUUUGGAACCGGCUCCUCUAACGUUGCUAAGCAAAGUCAGAGGUGCAAGGUUAGAGGAGCAGUUCUUGUCGUGGCUUGCAAAUUGUUUUGAGGAUUAGCUCCUCUGACGUUGCUAAGCAAAGUUAGAGGUGAACAGCACUGUGAACAAUAUCUAUAAGCGUGUAAACAGUAUUUGCAGUGAGAUAUCGUAGUACGACUGGUCACAGGACUACUGUGCUAAUUACUGCACGUGUGUACUGUAGCAGCACUGUAGUGCAGUCGGUUUCCCAUCCACCGGACCACAUUAUUGUUCACCUUAGCAAAGUCAAAGGAGCACAUUCCUAUGUUUUCAUGAUUGCUACACUUAAUUGUUUCUUGCCUUCAGAAGGGUUUUACUGCCCGUUUGAAAACGGGAACUCUGAUUUUUUUCCCUUCAGGUAUAUCAUUUUUCUAACCUAUGGAAUUUUCUUUUGUAUCUUUCUAACAAUUGUGGAAGAUGCAUACCCAAAACAACUUGCAAGCCCUGACCUGGCCUCAGGUGCUCUACCAUGCUACUUCCUCACCCCACCAAUAUAAUACAGUUAGGAUGGACAAAAAUUAAAUAGUGGUCAUUAAACUAACUUUAUUUUACUAACAUCAAUAAACUUGUAACCUUGUUUUAAGGAGUAAAACUCCAUAACACAAAAAAUUCAAUCCAAUCAGGAACGUUUAGUAACGCAACAUGGCAGACUUUGAAUACUUUGCAAACCCUUGGCUUGCUAGAAUUCAAGCUAUAAAACACUUGCAAACUUCUCUGUACGCAUCACCAGCUUUAUACUCCUCUGAAAUUUCACUUUUGCAGUUGCUAAACCAUCAUCUUUGUAUGAAUGUACUUCUGAAGUGUCAAAGUCAGACUCGACUGCAUGAUCAAGGUGAACUCGAAUUCGAAGGAGGAGAUCAAGAUCACGGCCGAGAAGGUCACCAACAGCUACGGCGCCUACCAGCUCGCUAUCCCGGCGAUCGACGGCUUCGAGUGCGCCGCCGCUGGACAGACCGCCGCCGAAUCCUUCUGCCGGGCGGCCGUGCUGGACAAUCCCUCGGCGCUCUGCAACGUGCCGGCCGUGACCACCACCGUCGGCCACAUCUCCUUCCCGAGCCAGGAGCCCAACACCUGCUUCUACAUCCUCAACUCCCUGUACUACCGCCCCGGCAAGCCAGGGCCCGGCCAGUGCGACGACGGUCGCGCCUCGCGGUCGUGGUCUCCGGCUGCGCUGAAUACGUCGCUGUUCUACUGCCCGCCGUGGCCGCUGCCGCCCAUCCCGUUCUGCACUCCACGGCCGUGGUUUCCACCCAUACCGUUCUUCACGCCACCGCCACCGGCGUUCCCGCUCCCACUGCCGCCGAUACCGUUCUUCACACCGCCGUCACCUCCUCCGCCAGCAUUCCCUUUCCCUCUUCCGCCGUGGCCUUGGACGCCGCCGGCGGUGCAACCGCCGCCGUCGUUCCAAUUUCCUCAUUUGCCACCGAUCUUUACAACACCAUCGCCCCCGCCCUCGCCACCACCAGCGUUCCCGUUCCUUUUGCCACCGCUUCCACACCUACCACCUUUCCCUCACUUGCCACCAUUACCACCUCUGUAUUCGUCACCCCCUCCACCACCAUCGUUUCCUUGGCCUUUCCCGCCAUUUCCUUUCUUUCCUCCAGGUUCACCAUUUCCUCCACCUUAGAAAUAUUCCCGGAAAGAUCCAAGUACCUGGUCUUCUUCAAAAGACCUACCGUAAGGUAAAUAAUAGUAAUUUGUUUUAGCUCCUGCUGGAAACGAUAAUGUGUAACCUUGGUAUAUGAGUUUCUUCAUUCUUUUCUGAUCUUUCCACUGUGAGCUGCAUGGAUACUAGUGUAAGUUUCUACUUGUGCUCCAUACAUAUGUAUAUGUAGAAUUCUAGGUUCUAGACAAACGAAUUCUAAGGUCUUAUGGAAUAAUUAUCACAGCUUGUUCUC